UGUAGUCCAGUAUCAAUCUAGUCGCAAUGACUAACGUAGCUCUUGUCGUUGGGGCUUCAAGCAAUCUGGGCUAUCAGGUACUGAAGAAACUCACCGAAGUAUACAAUGGAAAGAUAUACUUUACAACUGAAGACGAGGAAACAGGAUUUGGCAUUUUGAAGGCCUUCAAGAGAGACGCCUGUGAUCUGCAUUAUGUUCCGAUGGACAUAACCUUCACAAACAGUAUUAUAAAGUUAAGACACCACAUACAAGACUUGGACGAGAGGAUAAGUUUAUUAAUAAACAACACAGACUACGUGCAUACGAAGAAAAAUAUGUCCCACGCUGAACAAGUUAGAAAGACACUGAGUGUGAACUUUUACGGAUACAUCAAUUUUGGUAAAUUAAUUUAUCCUAUACUCGAAGAUAAUGCAAGAGUUAUAAACGUCUCAGGUCCGGCUGGCCUGUUGAAGACUAUAGAAAAUGAACAGAUAAGAAAUAGAAUCAGUGACCCGACGUUGAAUGAAGACGAAUUAGUAUCUCUCUUACAAGAAUACGAGGAAGCCGUUAGGAAAGGCGUCGAAAAGACUUUAGGAUGGGGUGUUAGUGUGAACGCCGUUAGUAAAGUAGCAUUGAACGCUGUUACGUUUCUGCAACACAGGGAAUGGGCCGGCAAUGGUGUAGUUAUAAACUGUGUGAAUCCAGGCAAUCUGUCGAGCCGAGAGGACAGGCGGACGUCUAAAGUUUUCGAGGAGGGCGCCAAGGCAAUUUUGUAUUUGGCUCUAGAAGCGCCCUUGUCAAUAAAGGGUAAUUUCGUUUGGAGCAAUUAUUCAGUUGUCGAAUGGAACUGUGACCCUUACGUUGAGGUGACCACUGUAUAAUAAGUUGGAGCUUAGUGAAUGAGUGUUAUACCUAUUUACUGUGCACUGAAACACUUAAGUAGUUUAAUGAACAAGAACGUAUUAAUUUGUCAUAAAUUAUUACCUCUUUACUGGUUAUGUAAACCUAGUACUCAUUCGAAUGACUAGUAAAUAUUGAGAGCUAUAAUAAAAUAAUAUAUUUACAUUCGAAACGUAUGUAAUAUGAAUAUCUCUCCAAAUAUUUACAUUGUUUAGGUAUAUUGUAACUAUCUUUUGAUAUUAAAAAUGU